UUUCACGGCAGUCCACCUCAUCCUCUCUCAGCUCGCAGGUAGCCAUGCACAGCCGCAACCUGCGACUGUCUCGCAUGCAGCCGCCGAUAUGGCGGCUGUCGACUUACAGACAGCACUGGCAUUCUGGCCACGCGGAGCAGCACUGUCCCGAAAUAUUUCCUGGCGAAGUGGCAGUUCUUCGCUCUUCACCUUGCGUGCACUCCUGGGUUUCCAAGGUCACUCUGACUCACUCGGAGACGACGGCCGUCUCCGAGUAAUACGUUACGCUUUCAACACCUCCUUCAAGCCACUCCUUGUUCACGCGAGACACAACUCAAAAGGGUCAACAGAAGCCUUUCAUUCAGAAGGUUUUGUCAAUUCUAAUCCGUCUUCGCUCAGUCGCUAAAUCUGGUGCUCAGGUAUCUUCAAAUCGUGAGGCUACCUACGAGCGUAGUGCGCUCACGUGAGAUUCUUACGAUUGGGAAAUGACGUCUACUUCAAGUCAUGGAGGAUUUCCUUGCGUGUAGCGGUUCGCCCUAUACCGAGUUCCUUUCUCCGCGUGGCGUGCUCACGACGCUCCGCUGCUCCCGAGGCCUCGACCGCGCGGACUCCGUCGAAGCGGCCUUCGAGAUCCCCUCAGUCACGCUGUCCGCGGUAGAAGCAUCCUCGGUGCAUCUGCAGCUUCAGAAGAACCAAGAAAGAGGCGUUGAGGAACAGUUUAUGCUUGAAUGUUUGGACGACGGCGAGCAGAUGGUGCUGGUUACCAGGAAAACGUCGCAGGUCACGACCGUGGUGAACCUAGGGAUUGACGACGACGGCCCUGAGGGUUUCACGAGCACGUCCAACGUGCUCAACGAGUCUGAUACAAGCACAUCCGUUGCAACCGCAACGGCUUUGAGCACGUCAGGUGCAGGGAGGCGAGAAUCAGCGCGAGAGGAGGAGGUUUUAGCCGACGCAUCAGAAACAAAGUCCCGCGAGAGCAGCUACGGUGCUCGCGGUGGUGGUGAUAGCGCUGAUGGCGAAUCCCAAACGAAGUUACAACCAGAUCCGCGAAGGGACUUGCAAUCCGAUUCGCAAGCCUCUUCGGAGGUCACUGAACAGCGUCACUCGCGACAGGACCAGGAGCCUCUCCAGGGUUCAAUCGCAGCCGCCAGAUCUCAAGCAACGGCUGCGAUCUCGUCAUUACGUCCAGCUCUACAGGCCGUGAGGAAGAUAUGGAGGAGCGAAGAGGCCAGUGAGAGAGGAAAUGGAGCUGUGGAGCGAAGAGGGUUCCAUGGUGGGGAGGGUGGCUGGAAUGAUGAGGUUGGAGUUAGGGGAGAUGAGGGGGAUGGAGAUGAGGCGUUGGAGGGAGGCGAUGUGGUUCUGAAGCCCAUGAGUGCAGCCAUGAGUAACACGGUGUACGAAUGCGUGUGGCUGCCUCACAGGCAGAGCAGGAUGAUUGAGAUCGAGAAAGACGAGAAGGAUAAGAAGAAAGAAAACGAGAAGGAGAAGGAUUAUUUAGGCGAGAAGAGGGUGUUGGUGCGGCUGUACGGCCCGGCAGCAUCGAUGCUGCUCAAGAGGGAGCACGAGGAGGCAGUCACCCGAGCCAUGUCGGACCUAGGCUUGGGACCGAAGCUGCUGGCCUCGUUCGGCACUGGCAGGGUGGAGCAGUUUCUCCAAGCCAAGCCGUUGACAGCAACGGACAUGAGGCGGCCAGAGACAUCCCAGCAGAUUGCACAGUGCAUGAGGCGCUUCCAUGCGCUGAAGCUUCCUGGAAGCACACCUGAGGAUAUGGUUUCGUGCCUGUGGUCGCGCCUUCGUCGCUGGCUCUCUCUGGCGCAGCUGCUGCACCCGUGGGGGGUGCACGGGGCCAAUCCUCGGCAGCUGGGGGAGAAGAUUCAAAGGCUGGAGGAAGAAGCCGAGCGAAGAUGGGGGGAGAGAGGAGGGGAGGGAGAGGGAGGGGAGGAGAAGGGGUGUGGGCGGUGGUUGGGGCUGUGUCACAUGGAUGUGCAGCAUGGGAACAUUCUGAGGGAGAACGACACGGGGAGAAUCGUACUCAUUAACUACGAGCACAGUGGCUGACGUACACGUGGCAUUUGACAUCUCCAACCAGACUACGAGUACAGUGGCUAUGCCCACAUGGCGUUUGACAUGGCCAACCACUUCUGUGAGAUGGCAGCCGACUAUGACAGCCCUCAGCCUCACCUCCUGGACUACAGCAGCUGAGGACGAGCAGCGGUGGUUCAUCGACAGCUAUCUCGCCACCAGGCCUUCCCAUACCUGUCCCAACCUCUGCUUUGAUGCUGAAAGCAGCUCCAGCUACAGUGGUCUCCCCCUUACAAGCAGCCUUGAUGCCAGUGACGCGGAGGGGCUUAUGCAAGCUGUGGAUGUGUUUCUUCCAGUAUGCCAUCUGCAUUGGUUCCUCUGGGGCAUCAUUUCGGCGGCAGUCUCAGAUGCUGGUUUUGACUACAUGGCGUAUGCACAACAGCGGCUGCAUGAAUUUUGGAAGUGCAUGGGUCACUUUGAAGCUGUCUUUGCAGCUUUGUUCUGAUGGGCUCCUCAGUAGCAUAGCUGUGUGCAUGUUGACAUUGACGCAUUGUAAUGAUUGGAUGGAUGCCUAGUUGUAUUCGAAGGUAAUACAUUGGUAGAGAGUUC